CGGCAGACUGUUGGCUGCUCGAGAUACUUUUCCGACCCCUCCCAGCCCUCUUUGAUUGUCCAUUUCUAUGUACGCUAAUGCUAAGGAAUCCAUGAACUAAAGAGCAAUAGGCCUGCGCACCGCUGGGACUGACGUCUUUGCUGAAUUGACUUGUCACAGCCAUUUUCUAGGCGGCGACACAGCUUUAGCUCCUCCGAAGACCUUGCCGCUGCUACGCUGCGACACCUGAGCUUGGCAUACUAGCUCAGGUGUCGCAGCGUAGCAGCGGCAUACGAGGAUACGCACGUGAAGCCUGACGGAGGAAGCGCGGGAGCUUCGCUGAGACGGGGCGCCCGUCGCCCGAUCACCCGACAUCAGGGGUGCGCGCACCUCAUACUCAUAAGGAUAUAUGUAGAGUACAUAGAUUCUAGCCAAGUAGCACGUGUGACACCUACUCUACUGAAAGCGCGGCAGGCUUUUCGGCUGCUCCAGAUACUUUUUCGACCCUCCCAGCCCUCUUUGAUUAACCUUUUCUAUGCACGCUAAUGCCAAACAAUCCGUGAACUAAAAGAGCAAUAGGCCUGCGCACCGCUGGGACUGACGUCUCGGCUGAUUUGACUUAUCACAGCCAUUUUCUAGCCGCCGAAACAGCUUUAGCUCCUCCGACGACCUUAGCAUACUAGCUUGGGUGCCACAGCGUUGCAGCAGCCGCAGACGAGGAUACGCACGUGAAGCCCGACGGAGGAAGCGCGGGAGCUUCGCUUGAGCCGGGGUGCUCGUCGGCCAGCGCCCGCGCGUAUCGCCAACCGAUCACAUAGAGAUGCUGACGGAUCUAGGGCUGGUCAGCGAUUCGGACUUCGUUGCUUUUACCUCGCGAAACAUCGCCUUGCUCCGGCAUCUCGAAGUACCGCAGUCCCUCUGGGCCCCGCUGUAUGAGUCCCUUACGCGCGGCCUCCGGGCUGAGGAUGAGCCGGCCGGGCACGUGACAAGCCGGCGCGCACACGACGAGUCGGAUGCGGACGCUGUCGCUGUCGAGGAUCGUGAUGGCGGGUCAGGGGGCAGCGCAGGGCCCUUCGCUGGAGCCUUCACCUGCUGCUGGCAAGACCAGGAGGCAGACCAGCAGCAGCGGCAGCAGCAGCAGGGGGUGCGCAGGCGCCGCGUGAUGACAGCAGCGCGGGACCUUCCGGCCGCAGGCACCAUUUGGGCCGCGGCGCCGCUGCUGUGUGAGCCCGGCCGCAAGCGCCUGCAGGCACGGCUGCAGGGCGACACAGCUCUACUGGUGCGGCUGGCGGCGGCGCUGUUGCCGGAUGACGAGGGGGGCGAGGGAGAGAACGGAGACGAGGAGGAUGCCGGUAGUCAGGAGGGGGAGACGCUCAGCAUGCACGACACCUUGUUGAAGCAGCUACGGCCGCUGCUGGUGGAGCUGGUGUCGGAGUUUGAGAUGCCGCCCGCCGGCCCCGGCCUGCCGCCCGUCAAGCACAAGUACCUGCUGCCGCCCAGCCUGGCAGCCAUGAGGGCAGUGGGGGUCGCAGGAGUGGGCGCGGCAGGAGUGGGCGCGGCAGGAGCAGGGGCAGCGGCAGGAGCAGUGGCAGUGGCAGGAGCGGGGGCAGCGGCAGGAGCAGGUGGAAGCUCGGACACGGGCGACGUGGCAGGUGCGUCAGAGGCGGCGGCGGCGGCGGCGGCGGCCGGGCUGGCGGCGGCUCAGCCCGCUGGCGGCGGCCCCGUGCUGGCGGUGGCGCCCUUCCCGCACUGGGUCCGCGGCGGCGGCGGCGGCCAGUGGCGGUUCGGAGUGGCGGUGCUGGCGUGGCCGCUGCGGGACGUGCGGCAGGGCGAGGAGCUGACCCGCAGCCGGCUGCCUCUGGGCCUGGCCGACUUCAGCUCGUUCGACUACUGGGCAGCAGCAUACAAGGAGGCCGACGCCACACACGAGUGGUACACGGAGGCGGGCGCCAUGGACACACUCAUGACGGCCCUCACACGACUGGCGCCGCCGCCGCCGUUACCCGCCGAAUCGGGAUCGGGAGCGGGAGCGGAAUCGGAGUCAGGGCUGGACUCGGGAUCGGGAUCGGAAUCGGGAUCGGGAUCGGGAUCUGGCGCUCAGCCCGGCGGUGGAACCGGGGGCUGGGGCGGAGCCAGCGCUACAGGUGGAGGCAGCGGCAGAGGCAGCGGCAGUGGCUGGUUGGGGCAGCGGGCGCUGGUGGCUGGGUGCGGCAACAGCGCCCUCGGCUACCAGAUGUGGCAGCAGGGCUACCCAAAUGUGGACAAUGUGGACUAUGUGCCCGAGGUGGUACGGCUCAUGGAUACCAAGUACGGCAUCGGCGGUACGGAGAUCUGCGGCGGCGGUCGCACAGAUGGCAGUAGCAGUGCGUGCGCUGCUGACUGUAGCAGCGGUGUUGCUAUCGCGGUAGACGGCGUUGGUGGGCUGGCGCUUGGGGCGGUGGCGGCUGUAGCAGACGCUGGCGCCGUCAGCGACGCCGCCAGCGUUGCCUCCUACUACGGCAGUUGCAGCAACAUCAACGGCAGUAGCAGGCGCAGCAGCAGCACAGGCAUCGUCGUGGAGGGAGACAGCGGCUGUAGCAGCCCGAAGGGCAGUUCGCGUGACGGCGCCAGCGUCUGCCUCAGCACGGACAGCGACGGCUGCAGGAUCCUGCCCCUGUUGGCGGCGGCGGCGGCGGCGGCUGCUACUGCCGAGGUGCCUACAGCUGCACCCUCUGAGGCAACAGCACAUGCGCAACAGCAGGAGCGUGAGGAGGAGGUGGAGGUGAAGAGUCGCGCGGCCAGGGCUGUGCAACCGCUGCAGAGCAGUUGCCACGGUGGCGCAGUUCGUUGGCUGGUGGGGGACCUAACCGCCAUGAGUCAGACCGCCAGCGGUUACUACGACCUGGUGGUUGACAAGGCCACACUCGAUGCGCUCUGGUCCCCCGCGGUAGACCUGGCGCCGCCUGAGGCUGUCCAUGCUUCCGCGGCACCUGCUACUGCCGCUGGUGCGGUGGGCAGCUGUAGCAGCGACGCCGGCAACAAGGGCUGCCAGUGGCGCAAGAGUUCCGCAGAGCUACAGGUCGUGUUCAAGUACCUGGGAGAGAUGUCGCGAGUGACGGCGCCGCGCGGCCGCCUCGUGGUGGUCACACUGAGGGGCCCGCAAGCAAUGGGUCAGAUGCUGGAGAAAGCGGCGGAGGCGGAGGCAGAGGCGGCGGCAGGGGCGGCGGGGGCGGAGGCGGCGGUGGCGGUGGUGGAGGCGGCGGGGCACAAGGCGCCGGCGGAGGCAGAGCAGAAGGGGCAAGCUGUGAGGGCUGGUGGCUGCGGCGUGGCGCCCUGGCGCGUGUCAUCCCACGAGGAGCUUGCAGGCGGGCGUGAUGGCCAGGCGCUGGCGACCCACCUGUACGUCCUCACCAAGGCAUGAGGGUGGCGGCAGUUGGUCGCGACCCUAGAAAGCUCGUUUGGUUGUAGCAGGCCAGCAGCUGGCGACUGACAGGCAAUUGUCAUGGUAGCGGUCGAGAGGUAGCGGGAGCAGUGCCGGACCGGUUGUGCACACAGGUGGAUAUGUUUUAAGGGUCGGGGCACGUACCGGUACGUACGGUGGGGUUGCGGGGCUGCGCAUUAGCUUUCAUGCAUCGUCAAAGAAUGACAGGUCAAUUCAUAUGAUCACCCCGGACUUCUUCUUCUGAGCGGCACCCUUUGUGCACAUGUGCUGCUAGCUGAUGCCAUUUUGUCCGAAGUUACAGAUGAUGCUUGAGUAGUGCCAGACAUUGCAUUGCCGUGCCAACCUUACAGAGAGUGCCGGGCGCCUGUGAACGCGCACGUGUUCACAAGGGAACUGCCACAGCUUUCAUUGUGUGCGUGCGUCCGUUUAUUGCCUUUCAUGCUCGCUCUCCAGUCUCCACCCCUUUGGUGCCCUCCGUCCGUCCGGUGAUACCUAUCGAAACUGUGCCACCUUCCAUCCUGGGUAGGUGGCAUCGUGGUUCUGUGUUGCUAUCGCCGCUUGCUGAUAUGACCGGGGCCACAGAAGCCCUGGGAAAGCACUCGUAGCCG